AUGGCUCUCCGCGAAACGGAGGUUUGUGUUGGGCUCCUCGUGUUAGCCGUGCUCUGCGGCUCUGUCGGGGGUUCAGCGUUUGAACACACUGCGGGACGACGACAGGCUUCGGUGUGUCGCGCACCAGACCCGGCGUGCGACAUUUUCCCUCCAGACUAUAAUCGGUACAGUUCGCCGUCUCUCUCCGACGCUUCAGAAGGUGAUCCUACGGUGAUCUUCUUCCAGCUCUUCCUCAGCAGUACCAUAGGUUUAUGCACCGAAAAGCAGCGGCUGACAUUUACCGGUCUGAUCGAGUACUCGUGGCACGACGCACGCUUGAACCUGUCUCAUUUGUUGGGGGCGCACCAGAGCGUCCGCGUCGCUCAGGAUAUAGUCAGCCUCAUCUGGAAGCCAUCCAUCUCUCUUGUUCCGGUAGCUCAAAUAGUGGAGCUCAACAGUGCAGAAGGCAUUCAAGCACACGUGUCGUCCGACCUCAGGAUCACUCUUACGUUCAGCAUCUACGUCUCGCUGUACUGCAAAAUGGACAUGUUCUUCUACCCUUUCGACGUGCAUAUCUGCGACAUGGCGAUCGUUAACGUUGGCAGUGAUGACCGCCAGUCUAUCCUGCGCUGGAUUGGCGACGAGAGGAGCCCGUUUCGAGUCUCCGAGCAGAGCAUCUUCUGGAGCCCCGCUGACGACGGCAUGGGAAGCUUUGCGCUGUCUUACAUAUUGCCUCUGUCGGUCGUUGACAAUCUUCGUAGCGGGCGGCGCCGAACACGCCUCGUCGUACGUGUACGCAUGAGGCGCCUCCUGACUGGCGCCUUGAUGAAAAUCUACACACCGAGCAUUAUCACCGUCGUCUUGUCUUGGAUUGGCUUCUGGCGGGACCCGAAACAAGUACACUUUCGUGUACUGCUGUGUUCCUUGUGCUUCGUGUUAAUAUCCUUCCAGCAGUCUUCGCAGGUGGUGAUUGGCCGCCAUGACCACAGUGUCGUGUCCACGGACCUGUGGUAUAUCAUCUGCUACCUAUUCGUCACUGCUUCGCUCGUGGAAUUUCUCGUCAUAUUGAAAAUGGAGGGCCUGGCUAACUGGCAACCUGCUUGGAACCCGAAUUUGAGCGCCAGCGACGUGACUGCUUCGCCGGCGCUGUCGACGAAAUUCUUGAUGACCGUAACGCCAUCAGAAGUGGAUGACGCUUGCAAGACGCUGUUUCCUCUGAUAUUCUUUUUUUGGGUAGCGGCAUACGGCAUCGGCUUUGGUUCGCACCUCCUGGUGUUCGGGCAUUUCGCCAACGUCGAGGCUUCGAAUCAAGAAGAAUUAUAAUAGAAAUUCGUCUGCGCCAGUGUUUGGUGAUAAUAAACAAGUUGUUAAUGCAUUAUA